AUGUCUCUGGAAGCACCCGCUCUUACCAAAUUCAAACCCGGUUCUAUCCCAUCAAACCGUCGGUUCACCAUCUCGGCGGCCGGUUCACUGUCGCUCAUCCAUUUCCGCGGAACCGUAAGCUUUCCUCUACCUUUGUUUUCCAAGCGGAAAGUCGUUUUCCGUUCGGGAAGUAAAGUUCCCGCGGUUUUGGAGAAGAAUGAGUGUGCUGUGACGGAGCAAACUAACACACCGGUGAGAAUUGUGGCCGUCGUCGGUGACGGCUCCGUCAGCCCCCUGAAAUGCGCCACGUGGCAAGAGGUCAUGCUCCACACCGCGAAGAGACUAAAAUGGGUUGAUGAAGGAUAUGAAAUGGUUGUGUUCACUGACAAUCUCAGUCAGUUGUCUAAUCAAACUGUAGUCAAUCUGCAAAAGGAAUUGAACCAUGCAGAUAUUUUGCUGAUUGUUGCUGUCACAGAUCAAGAAUCUGUGGAGUGGAUUCAGGAAAACAGUCGAAAUGUCCCGAAUAUAAUCAGCUUCGACUCCUCUCUGAAUUUAUUGAAUAAACUAGGAGGAACUUAUGUCCAUUCUGAAACAAAAGGGACCAUAUUUGACAAAAUAGUUGGUGUUGCACAGCCAAAGAAAGCAAAUGAAUCAGUGGAAGUUAUCCAAACUGUAUCUGAGGCGUGGGAUCGACACAAUUCUGAUGAUAUAAGGUUCUGUUUGUUGGUUAUUAUUAAUGCUUAUAUAAGGCCAGUACCAACACUACAGAACUUGAGAUCGAAGGGUUUUUCAACUCUGAAUUGCAUGGUACUGAAUUGUGGACCUCAGAUACUUAACUGUCUUCUGGAUCCUAAUUGUAGGAAAGCACUUCAGUGCUUGAACCAGUGCAGUCCAGUUGAUCAGGUUUGUAAUUAUCGGUGUAUUGCUUCAUAUGAAAGUCCAAACCUGGAAGCAUUCUCGCUGUGUGUAUUACAGAAGAACAAUUGCCUGGAAUUGGAUGCAAAGAUUCCUGAAAAACCUUAUGUGCCUCCAAUGGCGAAGUUUCAAGGAAAAGACUUGUCUCAUGAAACCGCUGAAGAUCUUUUUGUUGGCUGGUUGGGGAGUCUGGAUUGGAGUUGGCGUGUUGUGGCUGGACAAAACCCAGCCUAUGAUCAAUUCCCUUGCCAGUACCAGCUAUUUUACAGGGGAAAAGCAAAAGGGUCGUUUUGGUAUGAGCCUGUUUUUCAGGUUAGAACUCUAGAGGGGCGGCUGGUCUGGAGGAGGCGGAAGUAUCGGGUUAAGAGAGACAAGAUUCCAGGGACGUUUUACUUCACUGUCCUGGAUAAUGGGGUUGUUUCAAAAGAGUUUUGGACGAUCGUAUAUGUAUCUGAUGAUUUCAGUUGGGGUUUGUUUCAUUAUCAUGGUGCUGCAAGAGUUGCUGGGCAGUCUUAUACCGGAGCAGUGCUUGUUAGUCCGAAUGGGGCUUACCCAAAUGAAACAGAGAGAAUUAGAUUAGUUACUGCUUUGGACAAGUGUGGAAUUAAAGAAUGGGAACUAUUUACAGUUGACAAUUGCUCAUGCCAGGAUCCUCCAUUAGGAAUUCCAGAGGGUUCAAGUUUGCAUUCUACAACUGACGUCAAAGACCAGAACUGGUCCUGCGUUUAGUUUUAUAUGGCGAUGAGCCAAUAAGUUUCACUGUGUCUUAAUUGGCUCCUGGAUCCGGAAUUAACAGGAAGAUCGGCAGACUACUUGAAGGAAUUGAAGAUUAUGCAUUCAUUUGCCAUUAAAAGGUCAGUCAAAUUUGAAAGGCUCUUUGAUGGCUAUUUACACUCAACAGGUAUUCUCUUUGAUAACGAUCCUUACAGAAUUGGUGAAAAGGAAAA